AUGGGAGCGCCGAAGCAGAAGUGGACGGCGGAGGAGGAGGGGGCGCUGAGGGCGGGGGUGGACAAGUACGGCCCGGGCAAGUGGCGCGCCAUUCAGAAGGACCCUGCUCUCGGGCCCCUCCUUACUCACCGAUCUAAUGUUGACCUCAAGGUGCGUGUGCUGCUGGGGUGUGCCCCAAGUGCUGCUGUGCAGGUGCGCUCGUCUCGCCCCGAGUGCUGCUGUGCAGUGCGGGACAAGUGGCGCAACAUGACAGCAGCAGCCACUGGCGGCAGUGGUGGCAGUGCCAGUGCAGUGGUGCCCAUGCCACGCGUGCGCGCCCCCAGGGAGCAACAAUUGCCCCACCCUUCCCUUAACUCCCCCCCUCUACAGGACAAGUGGCGCAACAUGACAGCAGCAGCCACUGGUGGGGCCGGCAGCAGUGCCAGUGCAGUGGUGCCCGUGCCAAGGGUGCGCGCCCCCAGGGAGCAGCGGGCGGCAGCUGCGGCGGCACGCGCUGAGCUGGCAGCAGUCGUGGCGAUGGAGGAGGAGGAAGACGCCCUAUUGGCCGCCGCUGCUGCUUGCAGUGACGCUGAUGUGGCUGAGGGUGCUGAUGACGGUAGUGGUGCUGGUGAUGCGGAUUUUGCUGGUGGGGGGGGCGAGGCGGGGGUAGGGGCAGGGGAGAGCGGGUCUAUGGGCGGGGCUGGGGGGGGGACGGAUGGUGAAAGGGGUGGAGAGGGUGUGGGGGGGGGCAGUGCGAGCAGUGGGCGCACUGGCAGUCGUGGGGGGACGGGGGAGGAGGGGACGUGGACCGUUGUACCCUCCGCUGCUGCUGGCAUGGGCGUUCCUGUGACGAGCAAUGCAAGGUUGGAUGAGGCGAUCAUGAUGGCUGUGGCAUCGUUGGAAGGCUCACAGGCAGCACAUGGGUGCUCCGCUGCAGCUGUUGUGAAACACAUCGAGGACCACCAUGCAUCAUCGCCCAAUCUGCGCCGCCUGGUGCCGCAUCGCCUUAGAGCACUCUCAGAGGAGGGUUGCCUGGUGAAGGUGAGAGCAGGGGUGAUAGAACACCAUGUAGGCAGGCGGGCGAGUUGGCAUGGGGAGGGGCUGGAUGGGGAGGGUGCGGGUAGAGGGGGGUGGGGGGGAAGUGGCAAGUGGGAGAGUGAGGAGGGGAGGGUGGAGUGGGGGAGCCGGGGGAGUGUGAGGAGGAGGGAUGGUCGGAGUGGCAGGGUGGGCAGUGGGAGUGCUGCAGAGAGGGUAGGUGAGGGUAGAGCCAGUGGGACAGCAGCAGAGGGAAGGGCGGGUGGGGCUGCUGCAGCAGCAACAGCAGCAGUAGCAGGGGUGGAGCAUCAUCUAGGCAUGCGCUCCACAGCUGCUCUUCACUCCUCUUCCCCCUCUGCCCCCACUGCUGCUGCUGCCGCUGCUCCAGUGGAUCGAAUAGCAGCAGACCUGUCGCAGGCCCACCUCUCCCCUCUGCAAACCACCCACACGCCAUCUCAUGCUUCUGCUGCCGCCGCCGCCGCCGCUUCUGUUGCUGCUGCUGCUGCAAGCACGGGUGGUGCUGGUCCCCAUGCUCCUACGGUGGGCCAUUUCAAGAAACUCCGUUUUCCCUCUCAGCAGUCGGCCGAAGCAGGAGGAGCCAGCGAAAGAGACCCAGGCGCGCGAGACCGGACCGAGAAGGGAAGAGCAGGCGAGCGUGUGGGAGAAGGAGCAAAGGAGGGGAAGGCGGUGGGUGCAGCGCAGAGUGCGUGGGUGCAAGAGCUGGCACGGAAGGCAGCAGAGGCGAUGGCAGAGGCAGAGGCAGCUGUAGCAGAGGCGGAGGCGGCUAUGAGAGAAGCGGAGGCCAUGGAAGCUGAGGCAGAGGCAGCAGAGGCGGCAGCGAGAGAGCUUGAGGGCAGGAGGCAAGCUGCUGCCGGGAAAGCAGCAGGGGAAGCAGCAGGGGAAGCAGCAGGGGAAGCAGCAGGGGAAGCAGCAGGGGAAGCAGCAGGGGAAGCAGCAGGGGAAGCAGCAGGGGAAGCAGCAGGGAAGCAGCAGGGGAAGCAGCAGGGGAAGCAGCAGGGGAAGCAGCAGGGGAAGCAGCAGGGGAAGCAGCAGGGGAAGCAGCAGGGGAAGCAGCAGGGGAAGCAGCAGGGGAAGCAGCAGGGGAAGCAGCAGGGGAAGCAGCAGGGGAAGCAGCAGGGGAAGCAGCAGGGGAAGCAGCAGGGGAAGCAGCAGUGGAAGCAGCAGGGGAAGCAGCAGGGGAAGCAGCAGGGGAAGCAGGAGGGGAAGCAGCAGUGGAAGCAGCAGGGGAAGUGGCAGGGGAAGCGGUGGAUGCAGCACCUGGCACGAAUGGCAGCAGAGGCAGAGGCAGAGGCAGCAGUGGCAGAGGUGGAGGCGGCAGUGAGAGAGGCGGAGGCCAUGGAGGCUGAAGCAGAGGCAGCAGAGGCGGCAGCUAGGGAGCUGUAG